GUUUCCAUUAUGGCGCCCAAGCAGGUGAAACCCGGUGCAGAUGUAACCCUCGAAGUGAAGGCCCAACCUAAAUCCCUUGUUGCCAUCCUUGCCGUUGAUUUGGGUGUAUAUCUCCUGGAUUCUUCAUAUGAUCUGCAGAAAAACGAUAUACUCUACUCCUUGGAAGUGGAUAUCAGCGGUCUUCCCUUUUUGGCCUUAGUAUAUCCGGGCCUUCUCUCUGGCUUAGUUACCCUCACAAAUGCCCAUUAUGAAUUUGUGCCCUUAUUACAUCCUACCAUCAGCCUUCCCACGCCAUUUAACGAAGCUAAAUUUCGUAAAAAUUUCCCCGAAACCUGGAUUUUUGAAAAUUAUGAAAUAACAAAUGAUACCACCCAGCUGACCCUUAAAAUACCGGACACAAUUACCACCUGGCGUUUGACGGCAUUUUCAAUGAAUGAGGAAACCGGUUUUGGUAUUGUGCACGGACCCACAGAUAUAACCACAAUACAACCGUUCUUUAUUACCCUCAACCUACCCUAUUCGGUGAAACGUGGGGAAAUAGUUGCCAUACCCAUACAAAUACACAAUUAUCUCAACGAAACUUUGGAUACCGAAAUUAGCCUCAUCAAUGCAAAGGAGGAAUUUUAUUUCAUGGAAUCGACAAUAUUCAACAGGGAAACAGGUUCCACGGAACAACAACGAACCAAACAUGUAACCAUGCCGGCGAAUGGUGUCGAUACCGUCUCAUUUCUUAUCAAUCCCCGGCUGGCGGGUUAUAUUGAAUUGAAAAUCACCGCCAAAAAUCGCCUGGCUUCCGAUGGCAUUAUCGAAAAACUUCGUGUAGAACCAGAAGGUAUAAAAAAGGAAUUCAACAAGAUCCAAAAUAUUAACGUGAUACCCAGUGGCCCCGUGGAGUUAUCAAUUCCUCUAACCAUGCAUUCCAACAUGGUUCUGCAAUCCGAAGUAAUUUCCCUCUCAGUGGUCGGGGAUAAUAUGGCUCCCGUUCUACUGAAUCUAAAUGAUUUGGUAAACCUGCCCACCGGUUGUGGAGAACAGAAUAUGGCAGAUUUUGCCCCGAAUGUAUUGGCUCUGCAAUACCUUAAGUUGACGGGUCAAUAUCACCGGGAAGCAAAGUUGGUGUCCAAAGCCAAGCGUUUCAUUGAAAUCGGCUAUCAGCAACAAUUGACCUAUCGCCAUGACAAUGGGGGUUAUAGUGUCUUUGGCCAAAGACAAGAUUUAGAAGCCAGUACCUGGCUGACGGCUUACACCAUACGCUUCUUUAUAAAAUCCUUAAAAUAUGCCAUUCCCAUUGAGCGACACAUCAUUGAGAGCGGUCUGGAUUAUUUGGCAACGGCUCAGCGUGAGGAUGGUAGUUUUCCCUACACCGGUUAUCUAAUUGAUCCUUCGCAGCAGAAUAGGUUUGGUUUCACGGCAUUUAUCUUGAUGACCUUUCUCGAGGAUGAGAAAUUGGCCCGCAAACAUCCCAUAACCAUAAGAAAAGGUUUGAACUUCCUUUCAGGCAGUAUGAAUCGAACCAACGACAUGUAUGCCCUGUCCAUUAUGGCUGUGACCCUACAAAUGGCCAAAAACUAUACCACUUCGAGGACGAUUUUGGAUAAAAUAAUACAACGUAAAAAGUCAUCCCACGACUUAGUUUGGUGGAGUCAAAAUGAUCGAAAUAUGGCAAAAGAUGUUGAAAUAACUGGCUACGUUUUGAUGGCCAUGUUAGAGAUUGGCUAUAGUGUGGAGGUGGCUAAAAAAGCUUUCAAUUGGUUGACACAGCAACGUAACGCUAAGGGAGGUUUCCAAUCUAGCCAGGAUACUGUGGUGGGAGUACAGGCUUUAAUUAAAUAUUCCGUGAAAUAUAGGGUCACGGGGAGUAUUAAUGUCACAGUUAACUAUACGGCUAUGGAUAAUAACACGCAGAUCGUGAAGAUUGGUGAAAUGGUUGUGGAUGCCAGGAAUAUGAAAAUCGUUCAAAUGGAAGAGUUACCGAAAACAACGCGAGCUGUGAAAAUUCUUGCCACAGGCUUUGGCAAUUGCUCCCUCCAACUUACCUACCAAUAUUACACCAAUGGCGAAGAUAGUUUCCAAUACUUCCAACUGGCGCCCAAAGUGGAACUACUCAAUCCUGCGGAAAUGUCAUUGGAAAUAUGUUUCAGUUAUAUCGAACCCAGUUCGAAGGCAACAAAUAUGGUUGUAAUGGAGGUGAAUUUACCGUCCGGUUUCAGUGGAGAUGAAAAGGAUAUGGAUGAGUUGUUGGAGAACGAUAUUGUGCAGAGAAUUGAAAUGAAAAAUUCCGAAACUACAAUCAUUGUGUAUUCGGCCCAGCUGAUGGCCGAGGAGAAGAGCUGCUUGAGUCUGAUGGCCUAUAAAAUACAUGAUGUUGUUUAUCGCAAAGCGGCGGCCAUAAUUAUCUAUGAUUAUUACAAUAUAAGUAGGCAUGAUACGGUCUUUUAUAAAAUAGUGGCUGAGACGGCUCAGGAUCAUAGCUCGAAAGUGGAAAAUACUCCAAUUACACUUGACAACGAAAAUUCUAUAUUUUAAGAGAAUAUUAUUUUUAUUAAAAAUGUAAAGGAAAAUAUAAUAAAAAAAACAGGACUAUUACGCUCUAAUACCCUUAAAAAAAUUUG